AUGAACCUCUUCUCUACCCGCGACGAGCAGUUCCAUCGAGAGCAGAAGCGACCUGUCGCGAAUGCUUAUAGCGUGACUUCGCUCCUUGAGCUCGAACCGGCUGUCGAUUCCUGCACAGAGAUUUUCUGUUCCCAGCUGCAAGAUUUCGCGGACAAGAAGAGGCCGAUUGACUUGGGCACCUGGCUACAGUACUAUGCUUUCGAUGUGGUGGGAGAAUUCACCUUCGCAAAGAAACUGGGCUUCCUGCAGGAAGGCCGCGAUGUCGAUGAUAUGAUGAGUGGGAUUCAGGGUAUCUUGGCGUAUGCUAGUCUAUGCGGGCAGGUUCCUGAAGCGCAUCAACUUCUAUUGGGGAAUCCGCUUAUGCCGAUAUUCAUGCCUACCAUGGAGAGCUGGAACCAGGUUCUGCAGUUUACGUUGAAACAAGUGAAUUCCCGGGCAUCCUUGAAGCGAGAUGGGGAAUUGGAGAAACGCGACUUAGAAAAAGGGAAGGAUAUGCUCUCGCGUUGGAUGGCAAUCCACUACUCAGAUCCGGGCAAGAUGAGCACGAGGGAUGUCAUUGUGCAUCUUUCGACGAAUGUCUUUGCCGGUUCUGAUACGACAGCUAUUGCGCUUAGGGCAAUUGUCUAUUUCUUGCUUCGUAACCCGAAGACCAUGGAUAGGCUCGUUGGAGAGAUUGAUGAGGCUGAUAGAUUGGGACGACUUAGUAGUCCCAUCUCUUACAAGGAAUCGAUGUCCCACUUACCCUACUUGGCUGCCGUUAUCAAGGAGGCGAUGAGACUUCAUCCAUCUGUGGGGUUCAUUCUGGAACGCCAUGUGCCCCAAGGUGGAACCAUACUUUGUGGCAAGCACAUUCCUGCUGGGACGACGGUUGGCAUCAAUGCUUGGGUCCUGCAUCACGAUCCAAAGGUGUUUCCGGAUCCCGAGUCAUUUAUUCCGGGCCGUUGGCUGGAGAGUAGCACGGAGGAAUUGAAAGUAAUGGAGCAGAGCUUUUUUGCGUUUGGUUCUGGAUCCCGGACUUGUGUGGGGAAGAAUAUCUCGCUCAUCGAGAUGCAUAAAAUUAUUCCACAGCUGUUGCGCGAUUUCACCUUUCAGCUGCAUAAGCCCGGGAGCGAGUGGAAGACGAAGAAUUCGUGGUUCGUCCAGCAGGAGGGUCUAGUGUGUGACUUAAUAAGAAGGAGGUAA